AUGUUAUGGUGGAAACAACUCGAAAGCUCUCAAGAAAACAUAAUGAUGAUUAAAAGAGAAGAGCAAAGCAAGGAGUACAUUGAGAACACGACGGUAACGCUCACACUUCCUUCGAUAAAUCCUGUAAUGCAAAACGAUUUGUUCAUAGCUGACAUAGAGCAAGUUAAAUCGCUACAGGCUUCGUUAUUUCCAAUAUGCAGUAAAGGGACAUUCAUAUCGAACUUUCUUCAAAACAAUAUCAAAACGAAUCAGUUGGAAAUAAAUACAGACAUAAGGACAUUUCGGACAACUGCUAAACUAAAAGAACCAAGGGAUUUAUUUGCACUUCCAAAAGAACUCGACUGUCCUCAGCAAGCACCUCGAUGGCCAACAGAAUGUCAAGUUGUCGAAGAAAAAAUACAACAUAUUAUAUGGAGCCCAGCAUCUCCAGAACCAUAUUAUAUUUCAUCGGGAAAAGAACUGCAACCACAACCAGUCGGUGAAGACGCUGGGACUGUGAUAUUCCAAUAUUAUCCCAUGAGCGCCGUCAACUACUUUAGUCGCUCAACAGUAGGAGGGUCUCGAUUGUUUUUAUCAGCGUGUGCAACAGCCGGAGGUGAGGAUGAGCUACGAUUUGAAUCUCGUUUCGAAAGUGGAAAUUUAGCAAAAGCAAUACGCAUAACAUCUGCUUAUUACGAACUGCAUCUUCGUACUGACCUCUACACGAAUAGGCACAUGCAAUGGUUCUAUUUUAGAGUCACGAAUACAAAAAAACAAAUGACAUACAGAUUUUCCAUAGUGAACCUAUCAAAAGCCGAAAGCUUGUACAAUGAGGGCAUGCGACCUCUAUUAUACUCGACCAAGGACGCACAGUUGCAUUCGAUCGGAUGGCGGCGAUGCGGCGAUAACAUAGCUUACUACAAAAAUGAUUCAACGUGUGAAGAAGAAGAGCAAUUUCCGAGUUACACAUUAACAUUUAACAUAGAAUUCCCACACACAGACGACGCGGUGUACAUUGCACAUUGCUAUCCGUACACAUAUUCUGAUCUGCAAGAAUAUCUAUCAAAAUUACAAUCACACCCAGUCAAAUCAACUUAUGCAAAACUCAGGCUUCUUUGUAGAACUUUAGCUGGGAAUAAUGUAUAUUAUCUAACUGUAACUGCCCCACCAAGUUCUUGUGAAGCAGAGCAAAAGAAAAAGAAAGCUGUAGUAAUAACUGCCAGAGUACAUCCGGGCGAAACCCCUUCGUCAUGGAUGAUGAAAGGGUUUAUGGAUUAUCUAACAGGAGACUCAAAUCAAGCUCGGGAAUUGAGAGAAAAAUUCAUAUUCAAAUUAGUACCAAUGCUGAAUCCAGAUGGUGUAAUAGUUGGCAACAAUCGUUGUUCACUGACUGGAAAGGAUUUGAAUAGACAAUAUCGAACAGUUAUAAGGGAAACAUAUCCACCAGUCUGGCAUACCAAAGUGAUGAUAAGGAGGCUACAGGAGGAAUGUGGUGUGGCGAUGUAUGUAGAUCUUCAUGCACAUUCUCGGAAACACAACAUAUUCAUUUAUGGAUGUGAAAGCAGAAAAACCUCUGAUAAACGUUUGCAAGAGCAAGUAUUUCCUUUGAUGCUUCAUAAAAAUGCUGCUGAUAAGUUCUCUUUUGAAAACUGCAAAUUCAGGAUACAACGUAGUAAAGAGGGUACUGGCCGUGUCGUGGUUUGGAUGUUAGGAGUUUCCAACAGCUAUACUAUGGAAGCUUCUUUCGGAGGAUCCGAAUUAGGCAGCAGAAUGUCUACACAUUUUUCUGUUCAAGACUAUGAAAGUUUAGGAAGAACAUUUUGCGAAACAUUGCUAGAUUUUUGCGAUGAAGACCCUAGCAAAGAAAGGUUGAGAACAAAAAUUGUCACCAGACUCUUAAAAGAAGGAUCAAAUGCAGACGAACCAACUAAUAUAGACUUGUCAGAUUACUCUAGUGAUGAAGGAGACACAUCAAGUAGUAGUUCGGAAGGUGGACGAAGACGAGAAUCAACUAAACAGCCUGCACCACCGCCUUCGCCUAUUUUCCCCGAUAUCAACAAAAACUUGAACGAGAAACCUAGAAAGCCAAGGCCUCGGUUAGAAAAGAUGAAAAGAAUCGAGAAAAAGAAAACAAAACGAGAGACAUUACAGGUAUCGAGAGCUACGAUAGAUUUAACAUCAGAUGCAAUGACGGAUAUGUCAUCGGAUGCAGAAUCUUACGACGGUAACCAGAGUCCUAUGAGGAGAGUUCAAAAAUUGAUACAUUCUUCAGCCAAAGUUAAGCCUAGACGAAAAAAGAAGAUGCCACCUGAAUUGAAAAUUAUAAAAGCACCGACAAGUGAUUCUCCCUACCAUUCGGAUCACGAGAAGGCUUUAAAAUGUAGAAGACCACGAAGUGUAUCAAUGUUUAAUGAAACAAUAGAGAAACCGAGACUGAAUCCUGCAUCAUGGCAUCAAUUCAAGCGACUGCCACCAGCGAAGUGCUUAUCUGAGAUUAAAACUCGAAGUAAUCAGCCAUCUGAGCUACAGGUAAAGUUAACUACACUGAAAAGAAAUGUAUGGACUGGUGUGCAAAGUGAAGAGAAAGGUCCAUUGUCAUGGGGAAUAUCAAGUUUUGCCAUGAAUUCAUACUUCACUGAUAGUGAAGCUCUAUUGAGGUCCUGCUCCAAAAAAUUAGAAGAACUUGAAGGGGAACAGCAGAAAGUAAAGGAUGACAAAAAGAAGAAAAAAUCAAAAACAAAAAAGCUUACACUAAAAGUGCCAAAUUCCAUGAAUGAAAUCUUAGAACCUAUGAAUAAAUUACCUAAACCCUGGAAGAAAAAGGGGAAAUUAAAAAACAAGUCUGAAAGUUCUCCUUACCAAAAUAACACUAGUUUUACGGAUAUUCCAAGAAAUACCCAAAAAGCGGGGCCUGCGGAAAAUAGACAAGCUAAAUCACGUUUUAAAAAGGGAGCUAUUGUAACAACUGCUGUGCAGUCAAAAAAACAUAUUGCCAAAACCAAUAUUAUAUCAGACAACUCCGACUCAGACAAUUCUAUUCAAUUAACAAAGAAAGUGAAAAAGAAAACUAAAUCAGUUAAAGCCAAGUUUUGUAAAGCCAUUUCAGAAAAUAAAUCUAAGAAUUAA